AUGUAUAUUUAUAUUGCCUCUCAUAUGUACAGGAGUUCGGGCCUCAAGGCAUCUCUUUUAAGGCAUCUCUUUCAAGAGACAUUCGGCCAGCUCGUGUGGAUACAACGAGAAACUGAGAACUUUAAAGAACGUGAAAGAUUAAUCACGGCUCAGGACUCUUUGUCUCAGUAUCCAAGAGAUGGAAAAGUUGUAUUCAGUAGUGAUACGACUCAGUGUCAUGACGAUGAUUAUAACACCUGCCUGCGAACCGAGACAGAUGUGUCUGUCAAUCAGAUUAGCAAUCAAGAGCCGAACAACGAGUUGAACGAGAUUAAAGGAGAUUCUGAUGGGAACGCAGAGGAAGGACCAGAACGAUGGAUAAUAGGUAUGAUGAAUGUAACGUCGAAAUAUCAGUUGGACCUUGCAUAUGAAUUAAGGAAACAGCUUAGGAAGCUCACAUGGAAUAAUGCAACUGAGAUCUUAGAGCUCUAG